CAAAGGUCAGAGCGUUUAAUUACAACGCCAGAAUUUUCAAGCUGAUGUUUGGUUCCAACCUUACGCCCCUCCCCGACGCGGGUGAGGUGGUUAACGACGACGAGGAAAUUGAGGACCUCUUACAGAUGGAUUUCGUGGAGGAAUUGAGCCGUGGAGACGUUGCUGGGGCGGUGCGGCAGAACAACCGAAUUCGGGAACUGGACGACGCUGUGGAAGCUGACUCCGCAUUGCUCCUGCUAUGCCUGCGGAGGGCCGUCGUAGCCGCGCGCGCCGGCGAUGAAGAGCUAAGGAAGCCGAACUCCACGUUAUUCGCCGAGGCGUGCAUGCGCAUCACGUCAAACAUGUAUUACUUGACGCGUGAGUUUACCAUCUUCCUCAAAAAGGAAGAAACGACAGCGUGA